GUUGUAAAAUAUAUUUGUAAAUACGUAAGAUGAUGUGUUUAAUAUGUUAUAUUCCUCAAUCGACUAUCUACAUUGUUUGGAAACUCAUCAAUUUCGGUAAUGCUAAAGCUAACACUAGCGCGAAUUAGCGCCGAAUGCUAAAAACAAACGCUGUUGAUAUUACAUAAAAAACGAGUGAGUUCUAACCGUAGUAAUAAGUUAUUAACACAUUUUUAAGUUAUUAACACAUCCUUUUUUGACAACAAUCUUUGAUUUUUUAUUUUUUGCACUUGAACAGGGCUAGUGGCUGUUUAUUUCCAACUCGAACAACACUUUCCGAACAGCCCAAACAUUCGCGAUUAUGGAUAAAGGUUGUCUCUCUGACUUGUGUUUCUGGUCUCUCCUUCUCUAUGCUUGGAGUGGCGUUUCGUUUAUUACAAUGACCGAUUCGAGUCUUGGACUCCCUCCACUUGUUUACUGAUGCUGCGCCCGCCGUUGGAUUUGGGGCAUAAUUUUAUGACGAGGGAUUUGCUUAUGUCUGGCUGCCAGAAAUUUUGGAUGCUGAACCCAAAUCCACAGCUCUAUUUGAGCUCUAUGCUAUAAUGGUAGCAUGCUCGCUUUGGGGGAGGGCUUAUGGUCCACUAAGGGAUCAUGUUGUUCUGCGAUAAUGAAGCCACGGUGGAGAUUAUUGACAAAGGACAUUCAAGAAGUGCGAUGAUCAAUUGUUUAAUGUAACAGUUGACAUGGUUUAGUGUUUGAAUAACUUUAUACUACGAGCAACUUUUAUCCCUGGUCUUUUAAAAAACAUCUCUGACGCUCUCUCUAGCUUCCAAUUCCAAGAUUUCAAAAUUUGUGUUGGCAUCCUCACAGCCUGCCCUGCUUUCAAGCAGAUGACACUCGACUAAGAGCAUUUCCAUUUAGAGACUUGUUGUCCGCCUCUAGAUACAUGAUAUUCGGCCUGGCUAAAAGUACUAUUUAAACCUAUGAUCCCUGAUGAAUCUCCUAUUGUUCUCCCUGUGCCAGUUUUCCGACAACCCUUUGCCUCUUAAUAUUUCAUUAGUCUGCGCUUUUGUUGUCCACCUAUUUGAGAACCGCCGAUAUUAAGUACCAAGCAUCAAAUCCAGCCGAGCUGCAGUCACAAUAAUAGACCUAUAAAAUGGUGCUUUAUAAGGACUAUGUAAUGCCCUGAAUUUUAAAAGCAAUUCAGACACCAUGUUCACUACUUUUUUUUCGGAGAUAUGUCUGUAGAUCACUCCAAAACACUGAGAUAAAGGGUGCAGUUUGUAAAGUUGCACGGUCAAAUAUUAACAGCGAUAUUUUUGGUUAUUUUGCCUGUUUUAGGAGGAUAAAAACAAGAGAGAGUAGCGAGCAGAGGCUGCUAGGCUGCAAUAGGCGAUUACCCGAUCUGUAACGGCUACCUGAUCAGUCAGUGCAUGUGCAAAUAUUACGUCACUUCCUCUAUGGGGCCAACAUUGCAACAGAAGGGAUUUUUUUCCCCCUCAUUGGCUCCGCCCACAAUCUGUAACUUCCCGAGACGGACUCACGGUCUUCGCGGUCUUCGAGGUUACAUUUGGGCGGGGUUUUUGAACUGGGCGGAAUUGAAGCCACUUUUUUUGGUAAAUAAAGCUGAAAGAAAACUAAACAACUCACACGAACAAACCAAGCAGAAAGAAAAUGGAAGAAGUAACUUUGAAGUCGGCUUUGCUCAGCAUCAUGGAGGAACUGGAUGAGGAACAAUAUGAGAAGAUGUUGCUGCUUCUGGGAAAGAUUCCAAGAAGAAAGAAGACAGGAUCCAGGCCGCAGAUGGUUGAAACGGUACUCCAGGUUUAUGGAGAGAAGGAGUCCAUCAAUGUGGUGGAUAACAUUAUGAAAAAGAUUCCCAGGAAUGACCGUGCAGUCCAGGACCUGCUGAAGCCCUUUGUGGGGAAGAAGAAAACAGGGGAAAAGAGGAAACAAGAGGCUGACCCCGAACCAGAAGAGAGGAUCCUGCAGCAGAAAUCUGCAGCUGGCUCAGAGAAGAACCAGGUGGUGGAGGAUUCUGCUGGCAAAAACAAAGACAGAGAUCAUCUGAAGAGCCCCCAACCUGACAAGGUGACAUCAUCAUCCCCGUGGAGGAUAACUAUUGCAGAGUUGAAGAGUGGCGUCGACCUUGGCCAGAAAAGCGUUGUUGGAAAAGUUGUGGAGAAAUCUGCCCUGCGUACAUAUAAAACCAAGGACAAUGAAAAGAAGUUCUUCUUCAACCUGGGAAUUGCUGAUUACAGCAGCUACAUCAAGGUGAUGGUGUACGGGAAAGAGAACUUUUCUGUUUUCAACAAGGAAGGCUACUACAACUUCAGAAACGUGAUUGUGGAAAGAGAAGUGAUCAAAAAUGAGAACACGCAUGAAAAAGUGAUGAAAUUCACCAAACGAAGCAAUACAUCAAAGGCAGGAAAGUUUGAUAUUCCCAAAGAUCUGGAGCUGGAGGCUCAGAUGCUGGUCUAUGGACAGCGUCCAGUUGUCUCCAUCGAAGAGAUCAAACGUUUGGAACCGAGGAGUAGAGUCAGUGCAGAGGGAACCGUGAAAGAGCCUGUUGAGGUGGAGGGAAUACGCACCAAAAAAAAGACAAAGAAGUUUAAACUUGAAGACACGACCGGCUCCAUCAUCAUCACUUUGUGGGGCCAAGACAUCCAGCAGCUCAGAGAUGUUUCAGUGGGAGAUUUAGUCAGAGUGACCAAUGUGACGACCAAUCACUAUCAUGAAACCAUCUCACUGAACUCCACAGACUUCACCAGAAUCUUCAAGUUGCAAAGCACCUCCUACAAGGACGUCCAGAUAGAAAUCAUCGGCGUUAAAAGUUCAGGGGUCCAGCAAACGGAGGUGGACGCUGGGAUAAACGGGCAGGUCAACACUUUCAUCGUGGAUUCUGCAGUCCUCGCAGAAGAGCUGGGUAUCCAGCAGGGAUCCGACUUUGAGGAGAGGCUUCUGGAAAAAAUCCCUUAUUCUGCUGAAGCUGAAAUAAAAGGAAACACAAUACUGAAGCUCAGCGGCAUGAAGGAGUCAAAAGUUCAGAUGAGGGUGUAACUUAAAGGGCCUAAAACAUGCAAAUUCAGUUAUGAGCUUUUAAGUGUAUUAUAAUGUUCAUUCCUAAUGAAAAGAAACCCAAAAGCGCUAUGUUUCCAUGUUUUCCACACUUAAAUGUUUCCAUUAAAAAACAGUCAAAUAAGCAGUUUUGAAAUGAUUUUUUAUUAUUAAAGGGAUAAAAGCAAUAAAACCUCUAUUGCCCUGUGUGAAAAAUGAUUUGCCCCCUAAAGCUAAUAUUUAGUUGGGCCCCCAUUCAGCAGCAACAACUGCAAUCAGGCGUUUGCAAUAACUUGCUAUGAGUUUCACCGCGCUGUGGAGGACUUUUGGACCGCUCAUCUUUGCAUUAUUGUUGUAAUGCAUGCAUUGUUGUUGGGUUUUUGAGCAUGAACUGCCUGUUUAAGGUCACGUCAUGACUUUUCAAUGGAAUUCGGCUCAAGACUUUGGUGGUGGGAUUACAUAAGCUUGCUUCUUUCCGCUCCUUUUUAAGCAAUAAAUAAAGCUCUACUUGACUUGACUUCACUUUA